AUGCUCUCUUUUCUCCAUCCUUUUGAUCAGACUCGGCGCGAUGUUUCCAUUGAAUGCGCUGCAUGUUCCUGGUGCUGAACGCACUCGGCGAUGGAAUGGGUUGGGCACGCAGGGUGUGAAGGAUUCAUCAGGACACAGAAGACUGACACACUGUGGUGGAGCGGCAGAAUCAGGAUCACAUCAAGACUAAAUGCAAAAUUUUCUUUAGCUAUAAGAGGACCAGAUAUCUGAGUGCAUCAUGGAUUUUGUGAUGAAGCAAGCAUUGGGCGGGGCCACCAAAGACAUGGGGAAGAUGUUAGGUGGAGAGGAGGAGAAGGACCCUGAUGCCCAGAAGAAGGAGGAAGAAAGGCAGGAGGCGCUGAGACAACAAGAGGAUGAACGGAAAGCCAAACAUGCUCGUAUGGAGGCAGAGAGAGAAAAAGUCAGACAGGCCAUUCGAGAUAAGUAUGGACUAAAGAAGAAAGAAGAGAAGGAAGCAGAGGAGAAAGCGGCUAUGGAACAAGCGUGCGAGGGCUCCUUGACUCGCCCCAAAAAGGCCAUCCCAGCCGGCUGUGGGGCAGAUGAUGACGAGGAUGAGGAGAGCAUUCUAGACACCGUUCUCAAAUUCCUGCCGGGACCUCUGCAGGACAUGUUUAAAAAGUAACAGACACAAAGCUGUUUCUGGAAGAAAAUGGGUGAGGGGGGAUUUUUGCCAAACAGCUGAAAGGCUUUUCACUGCCUUGACGGAAUUUUAUUUGUUCCUUUCUACGGAUAGAAACACAAAUCAUAACCCAACAACGUUUGGUCUUUUCACUGCCAUUCAGGUUCAAACUGUUUACACUUUCUAUAGAUAUAUAUAUCUAUUUGUUUACUGAUCACCGGGGUUUCUAAUACUUAGAAAGUUAUCUGCCUUAGGUACUCAACGAUCAGCCCCACAGUAACGGCACAUUCCAGGAUCUUGGUACUGAGCUCGGGCACUGGGAAUAUGAUGGUUACUUGGAUAUUUAUCUAUCUAUUUCAAACACGGUGGGGUCAGAGCAUUUUAAAACAGUAGCUUGGUAUAACUGUUCCUUCUUUCACAGAAAAAAAAAUGUCAGUGAAGUGCAGAAUGCAGCCGUAAUGCUUUAAGUAGUGUGCAUGAGGUCAAAAUCUUACUGUAAGAUGAAUUGUGUUUGCCAUCGAUACGUAUUUGUGAAAAUGGGAGACGCUGAUAAACUGUCUUAGUUGUGCCAUGUUAGACCACCUGAAUGCAGCCUGGCAGUUCUCAUUCGUCUGUGAUGUAUUGAUAUUAAUUUUAUUUUUGUUGUACACUCUUAAAAAAUAAAGGUUCUUAAUUGGCAUCCAUGGUAAUGUAAAGACCCUUUAACAUCCAUGGAACCUUUUCAAUGCACAAAAGGUUCUUUAUACUGGAAAAAGGUUCUUUAGAUUAUAAAAUGUUCUUCACACUAAGAAAAAACUUUAUUUUUAAGAGUGUAGUGUAAAAUAGAACUUGAUUUGACCACAACUAAUAGUCACAUUAGCCUUGCCAGCAAAAGAUCAGGAAAAGCUCAGUAUUUACUAGAACUGUGACAAAACCACAGUUUAUCCUUUUUUACAAAACUGGACCAAAUCUUUACAAUGGAGAGUUAUCCAGGACGAUUCAAGUUCUGGAAAACAUACAGAGCAUGAAAUACAAGAUUCUACAAAUGUAUUCAGAGGUCAGUCACUGUUUUACAGCACAUUCAUCACUGCCAAAUCACACACGACAAUCAGAAAUGAAAUGGUCCCAUACAAACAAUUCAAAAAUAAUCAAUUGGCAUUCAAAUUUUAUAAAAAAAAAAGAUGUGGGAUGUUCUGCAAUAUGAAAAUACCUGC